UCAGACUUUUGUCGGUGUGUGGAUUCCUCACAUGGUCACAUCGUAGGCUGAUGCACAGUUAUGUCAGAUACCAAUCAUACCAUGAAGCUCGCUCAAAUUAUUUAUCUUGCAAUCCUUGCCACUACCAGUGUUGUGUUUGCCCCAGUGGCAGCGAAAUCUCCUCGAGUAGGAUCCUGUGCCGAACCAUGUGUCACCUCUAAGCAAACUUUGAAGUGCCCGAAAGGGUCAUCACCUUCCAAAAAUACCUCAGCCGGGUGUUGGGAGUGCUGUUACGAGUAGCUGAAUUAGUCGAAUGACAUGGAAUCAAAAUGGGGUCGAUAAAUCAAGUAUUUUCACCUCGAAUUUUGACUUGAGGAAAACAAGAAAUGUGGAUGAACGCUGAUGUUCGAACUUCGUGGAGCGUUAGCGUCUCUCGUACGCUUCUUGAUUAUCGAGUGUAUUUGUCUUCAACAGGCUUAGUCACUAAAGUUUUUGAAAGCAUGUUAUCGCGAGGCAGUUGCCAGAUGAAGCGGGUCUUGCCAAAGCUAGUAUUCAUUACCGUGGUCCGUG